CUUUCUAUCGCCUACAAGUAUUACAACUUUCUCAACUAAACAUCCAUCCCUGACCGCUUCAAUCAGAUUCACACCCCUCUGACCCUUCGAUUCUGCACAUCAUUCACACAGCUUCCACGGCACCCACCUCAACUCGCCAGCACAGCCAAAAUGGUCGGACUGAUCCCUAACACGCUCUUCUUGGUGGUCAUCACCUCGACCCUCAUCGCCGGCCUCCGACGCGGAAGCGGCCUCACCUUCCAGACAACCCAGAUCCAGAACGCCACCGGCGCCAAGGUCGCCUCUAUCUACCUGGCGGUCGGGGAGUGGGCAUACGAGCGCCUCGUCGGCUUCGCGCGCGGCAGCAAGUACUUCAAGUACGACCCCAACGUCACGGUGGACGGCGUCAAGGACCAGGUCAACGAGUUCACGCAAGGCAUCAAAGCAGCCGCGGACCAUCUCACCAAGUCUGAUUGAUAUGGCCUGAGAUCGGCGGCGGCUUCAGAGACCGGUCCCGGGCCGCUGUGCGAGACUAGUGCGGCGUCUUUUGCUGGCGGGCAGUAGCAGGCUCGGGCCUGGAUGACGAGGCACAGUGAGGGCUGCGAGCUACAGGAGUGAGCGCCUUGCAUUCGUCUCAAAACAGCUCUUGAUUGAGGAUUCAGAUAUGAUGCUGGAUGAGCUUGUUACAUGACAUAUACGAAAAGCUAUGGGCAACUGUAGACAGGGAUUACAGUUCUGGGGGGAUUCUGCUGGUAAAACGGUGGAAGGCGACACAUGCACUGCAUACGUGGACAACCGGUCUGGGAGGCAUAGACCUGUAGACGGGCUGCAAUUCGACUACAGAAUCAAACCUGGACAUUCACGAUAAACAUCGUGAUGUUGGGCUGCUGAUUAGCUAGUCAACCAAGAACGGGGAAAUUCUAUCUGGUCGGAGUUUACAUGACGGCUUCGUCUUUCGAAGCAUGUGACAGUAUGAUAUUCAAAUACUAGAUACCUAGGUACCAGUAUGUACCUACCUAGGUAUCCACUAGGGACUAAUCCAAGUCUUUCCCCGGCCGGGGCCGGAGGUCUGCCCUACCAUUACAUGAUGGACGGGCUGAAAGAGGGCAUAUGUCCAGCUGUAGCUGAUGACUCCCAUUUGUGUGUUGGUGAGGCUUCGAGGACUGUAGCUAAGCUGUGGUGUGUCGAUACUAAUAAGGCUUAUUACUUCUUUUAGUUGUUUAGCAA